CUAGUAUGUUCAGCUGCGGCCCACAGGGGCUGGCUCGGUGUCCGUCACCAUUUUGGCUCAAGGAUCAAAUAGUAGACAAGAUGGUCUGCCCAAUCGCCGAGGCCGCCCAGCGCCAAUGGAAACGCCGGCGGCUGCCUGCGUCGAAGGCUUGCGCGAGUCGCAGUUGUUGCCUGCGAAGGUGCACGAGAUCGAAUUCGCGGAGUUGCGAAACAACAUUCGCAAGGAUACAAUUUGCUACCUCCAGCCCACCGUCCUCAAGAUCGUGGGGCUAGAGAAGGACCUUCUCGGCCUCAAGCAGCAGGUGGGAAAUAUUACCACCAGGGUGAACGACGUGUGCAAGGUCGUCGAGCAGGAGGAGAUCACGCUCGCACAGCUGAGCUGCUUCCAGGUCGAGAUGCUACGACGGGAUGACGCAGGCACGGCGCUCCGCACGAAGCUGGCCGAAGAUGUGCAACUCGUUCGGGCCAGCAUGGAGUCCCUCAGGCAGGAGGCGCAGGAGCAGCGCGCUGCGCGGGAUGGAAUGAAGCAGCAGUUCGACAUGAUGGUGGACGACGUGGACAAGGGCGUCCGCGACAUUGCGGCGAUUCGCCAGCGGCUGCUGGAGCUGCGUUCGCAGUGCGCCGCCGACGCGGGCACGCUCAUGGAGGCGCUGGACGAGAAGAUCGAGAUGUUGGGAUCCCGCCACAGCCAGCUGGUGGAUGACCACAACGGCCACAGUGCCUACAUCACCCAAGCGCUGGUGGAACGUACUACCCUGACGCACACAAUGGCCGAGCACAGGCAGGACAUCGACAGGCUCUGCGACUCGAAGGUCGACGCGGAGGAGUACCGCGCCGAGCGCGGCCGCGCGGCGGACAUGACGAAGGCGCUGGAGGAUCGUCUGGGGUCACUGGACCGCAAACUCGCCAAGCUUGACGGCGCCCUGGAGGAGCGGGUCCGCUCGGCCAACAACGCCUCCGCCGCACGCACAGCGGCCCUGCUAAGGGAGGUGCGCGGAGACCACCAGAGCGAGCUGGCACUCGCAAGACAGGCGCGGGAGCACCUCGAGGGCUACCUGGCCACCGCCAGGGAGGAUAUCGCCUGCCUCCAGCGCGGCAUGGCCGACCUGGAGAGCCACACUGGGCAGGCGCUGAGGACACUCGGGGACGGCGCCGAGGCCGCCGUGAGGCGCAUGCAGCUCGACCACACCGCGACCAGCGCCGAGGUGCGGACCGCGCAGGCCGGUUUUGCCGAGUCGGUUCAUGCUUCGGGUGCCCUCGCGGCGCGCGUCGACCAACUCGGUCGAGCCAUGUGGAUGCUGCUCCAGAGCGGCCGCGCCACCUCCGUCCUCGACCCGACUGGCGACCACGGCGAACCGGGCCGCAGCCCGUCCCCAGCGGUGGGGCGCACCACGCCGCCUUGGCAGGAGGCGAUCUCGGCCCCCCCGAGCCGCCCCGGCUCGGCCGCGCGUGCCGCUGGCGCCACAUCGCGCCAGCGCUCCUCCUCGCUGGCGGGCAGCCGGCCUCAGAGCGGCCGCACGCCUGGCUCCUCGGCACCCAGCCGCCCUCAGAGCGGCCUUGCCGCGGCGGCAGCCGCAGCUCCACGGGAAGCUCCCAGCACAGUGUGCACCAGCUGUGGUGGCCGCGUUCCCUGUCAGCAUGUGUUUUUCGAGGGCCGGGCCUAUGCCAGAUCCCAGGUGGCAGAGCUGAGAGCUCGAUGGCUGGACCAAGCCCACGCAGCACUCCAACACUGCCCGCCCUUGCCAGCCGGCGCCGCCAAGCGGGCCGCGGCCAGCGGCAAGGGAGGCCGCGGGGCGGAGCCGGAGCUGGGCGGGCCCCCCGACGCGGAGAGCGCCUUGCCGCUGAUCGCCUCUGGAGCGAGCAUUUCGCGAGCUACCGCACCGCCUGCCCCGCUGAGCGCGCGGUGAGUGGAGGCGGUUCGGGCGCACUGUCAGAGCGUUUGCCACGUGCUGGACGCAGCCAUCUCUGGAUUGUAGGCUAGGGCGGCACGACAGGAGAGAGGAGGCCGCACGAAGACAAAACAAAC